AUGGUGAAGUUCUGUUUUUUCUCUAAACCCAGUAUUUUCCUGACUUUUAAUGCUAAUAAUUUUUUUGAAUAAUGGCUUAUACAGGAAAACACUGGCCAUAUUGUAACAGCUUCUCUGACUUGAUUUAGAGAUGCCAAAAACCAGCCGUUUAAAACAGGACCAUUGAACACAAAAAUAGAUUUGAAUGGGAUCUAUUUUUCUGCCAUUUAAAACACUGUCAAUAUAGCAGUUAGUGGUUUCUUAUAGGUGGAUAUAUCGAGGAACUGUUCCCUAACAUUAGCCUCUACUUUUUUCACCUUUAUUUUGAAUAUUAAUCUGGAAUUUGAAUGCCCUCUGUGAGAAACACGUGUAAGUGUUCCACCCACUGCACCAACAGGAAAUGGCUUGGCUGGAGAGCAGUGCCCAGGGGAUGGUGGUGAGGAAACCGAGUCUGACUUGCGUGUACUUCACUCUCCACUGUGAGGAACAGGCACCUUUCCCAGGGGAAUGGUGUUCUGAUUCCUUCACCAUCUAAAGUGGGUGCGAGCAUAGGAAAGCUCUAAAGAUCAUGAUUGGCACUGUUCCCCUGGAGGAAACCUGAUUGGCUUCUGCCAUCAACAGCACAGUGACCAGCACAGCGUAAGGGACGAGUUACAGUUUCCGCUUCUUAUCGUCCCGUGGUCUCCAGACAAAUAAAGACUGAAUAAUCCUCCCAGCAGACACGCGUGAAACUCCAGCGUUCGUCUAGGACAUAACUUUUCUUGGGAUUAUCAUAAAUGGAGUGGUUUCUGCCUCUAACAGCCCACGGCUGCUUCACAAUUGCUGGCUCAGAGGCAGGAGACUAUAUUAACUGAGUGCUGAGCUGCCAGGCUUAAACGAGAUAUGUGAGAUUUUGUUGCUCGUUAAAGGUAUUGUCGUACAUGAAUUAUUAAGGUGGUCUUAAUAAGUAACAGGGAAAAAAACUCCAUUAAGUCAGCCAUCUUUUAAGUCUUUAUGAGUUCUAUGAAUUAUUACCUGACUACUUGACAGCAUUUUGCAAAUAAGUGGCAUUCUAAGAUUUACUUCAGCUAGUCAUUGUGCCCUUGAGACGUCUACUGAAGUAAAGUAAUUAUUCCUCAUAUUUUAAUCUAUGUUUUAAUUGUCUCUUGCACAUACUCACAAGAAUUUUGACCCUUUCAAACGGUACAUGAAAAAUCUGUGAUAUGCAUCCGUUUUUCCCCCUGUUACCCGUAUUGAAAAUACAGUUUGUUGACCACAUUAUCCUCAGGGCUCCUGUUGUGCGGUGCUCUUAAAGGUGACUCUGCCUUCCACACAGCCCUCUGAGUAAUUCAGAAAGAAAUGUAUGUGGAUGAGGCCCAAGCUCUCCUCCCUCUGUUCUCAGUCCCGCCAUCUUUUCAUUGUGUUUUCCCUUGUUUCAAGUUAAACUUUCAGUGGUUACCGUGCAGGAGGCCCUUACUUUGAUCCUCACACAGACAGGUUGGUUGGCAGACAGGCAGGCACACAGACAAGACAUUAACGUAACUGACUGCCUUCAAAGCUUGGGACUGUGCUAAAGUGUCUGGGCAGUCUCUCAAGCCCGAGUUCGUAGCUCUCUGCUGGAGUUGCUAUUUCAGUUUCUAGGUGUCUUUCUAUAAGAAAGCACGGUACUGACAGCUUACAAAUGCAUGCUAGGUAGGUGUUAGGAGUGGCUGUGAGCGCCAGACAAUUGGAGCUUUUCCCACCAGCUUUUGAGAUGGCUGUGGAGCACCUAAGUACCAUUGGAAACGGGAGCAAGUGGAAGAUGUUUGCCCGUACAUUGUCAUGAAAUGGUUCAUCAAGUGGAAAUAGCCACCAGUGGCAACUGCUUAACCAUUCAUAGAGUUAAAAAGAUAAUUUUAGGUAUUUGUUUAGUAGGCUUUAGUACAUGCCGGGAUUCUCCCUAUCUCAAAGCUCUUUCGGUUCAGUAGAAGGCAGAGGUCUUCCCCAGAGAUCACCGGCGCUCGCUCAAACUAACGAUACAGCUUAGCCGUGGUGGGACGGAAUACUGGAAUAUGAUAAGCUAUGGUUGGACAUCACGAGAAAGUACGACUCGGUCAGGAAGGCCAGAGAGUGCUUUCAUGAGGAAGGACGAACGGGUACAAUCUGAAGGUGAACUGGGCAAAGAGCAGGGGUAUUCCAGGCAAGGAGAGUACACUGUGGUAGCAGGAAAUUGGUGUGUCUGAGUUCAGGAAGGAAGAAAAGUGAGAUGGGAGAGGGUGUCAAACCGUGAAGAGCAGGGCGUGUUAAGGUCUAGGGAUGCUUACAAGUCUGUCAAAGUGCGCGGGAAUAAGGAGAUGUGGUUCGAGAGCAUUGCACACAGAAAAGCUUAUUCUAACUGGACAGCCAGUGAGAGAGGGUAAGAGUCCCAGAGACAGACAGACAACAGACAGACAGACAGAGACUGGUAAUGUGCUCUCAAUGGACAUAAAGAGAAAUGAAGACUGUUCAGCUGGAGAGUCUGACGAUGAAGAGGACAUCGUUACAGGGAGGGAAAGAGCAGCGUUGAAGGCAACUCCAGCUCUCAGACAGACAACGUCAAAUGGAUCCUGGUGUCUGCUCCUGAGAAGGAAUCCUGAGACUAAACAACAAGAUAUCUCAUAUCCACACUGGGCACUGCAGUGCUAAAACCUAAGGACCUGGCAGAGGAUUUCAUCUUCAUUCCUGGCCAUGCACUGGUUAAGUUGGAUCUUCCUGGAAACCCAUCCAAUAAAAUCAAAAUGAAUGAAAAGUGCUAGUGCGGCCUCACAGGACUGAGCUCAUGGUAAUGGUGUAACGCUGUCUUAACUUCCUUCUCUGCAAAGGAUGUGAACUACGGGGGUGGGGGGACCGGAAGUGACUCCUGCUAAUUGUAACUUAACGCUUUGCUGGGGGAACAGUCUAAAAGUGCCACAGAUGUGGAAAACUGGGAGUUCAUACUGAAAAUCAGGGUCAGGGGGAGGAGUUUUGUGUAGAGAUGUUCUGGCUUUGAAGAAUUCAUGGAUGAAGAGACGAACAUUCUAAAUCAGUGAUCCAAGUAAACAUGACAGGGAGGGCAUGCACCUUAGAGUGACUGUUUAAAGCAGUAAAACUGGAAGGAGGCCAUUCGUGGAGUUGUGCUUACUGACAAAAAACACUGAAGCAAGGCAAGAGAGUGGGAUUCGUGAAAAUGGAGUUGGAGAGAUAACUUAGCUGGCAAAGGUUCCUGCUGUGCAGUCCUGAGGACCCAAGUUUGAACCUCAGAACCAAAGAAAAGAAGCCAGGCAUAAUGACAGAAUUGUGAUCUUGGCACUGGCGCCCAAGACAGCACACUUGGGUUUGUGAAUUCACUGGACAAUCACCCUAGGCUACUUAGUCAGUUCCAGGCCAGUGGGAGCCCCUGUCUCAAAAGCAGACUUGAGGACUCCUAAGGAAUGGCAGCAGAAGUUGUUCUCUGGCCUUCGUGAGUGCACACACACACACACACACACACACACACACACACACACACACACUUCUCCAUUGCAUGUGAAAGGAAGACUCCCAGGUUUGAAGUUGGAAGUCUGUCAUUAAUGCCACAGCUGCAUCCACUCUCCAGAAGAGACCGGCUGAGUGGAAACGGCUCGCUGAGGAGGCUGGAAGAUGGAGAGUCAGAAUAACACGCUGUCACGUGUUAUGUGGUUGCCACUCGAGAUGUGACUGCCAUGCAGGAAAAGAUCAGUGACAUCAGCCACAGACAAGAAAACCGUUUCAAGUUUUCUCAGAUCCUUUUUUCAGUCUUUAAUGUCUUCAAAAGAAUAGUUUCCAGAGCCUCUGGAAAUAGUUUGUCUGGCCUGGGGGCCCGAGAAGAGCCAUAUAACUAAUACAGACUUAGCCACUGUAUUAGUGUCGUGCCUUUAUCGCUUGCCUGUGAGAUUGAAUAGAAUGCUAUGAGGUGUUGAGAAAGGCUAAAGAAAAGACAUGGUGGCUUCAAAAUCAAUUCAUAUCCCCAAUCCCAAUCUGCCUUCCUCUUCGUUACCAACCGGACUUAAAAAUAGCAGGUUAGUUCAAGUGACAUGGGUUCUUGAAGUAUCAGCUGAGAACCAGAGAGCCACUGGAAGGGCAGGUAACUCAAAUCGACCGAAAAAGGGCAGAAGGGAGUGGUCACGGUACAGCUCAGGUGAGACGCAGCUAUUUUAAGUCAAGGUGAAAGUGAUCCACUCCUGCUGGCCCAGUGACCCAGCUGCUGCCUUCUUUCUUAGCCACAGGAGCCAUUAAAAAAUCUGUGGAAAGCUCCUCUAAGGUGCCCAAAGGAAAGAAGGCCAAGGGGGAAAAGGUGGCCCCAGCCCCUGCCAUCAUCAAGAAACAAGAGGCCAGAAAGAUGGUCCAUCCUUUGUUUGAGAAAAGGCCCAAGAACUUCAGCAUUGGGCAGGACAUUCAGCCCAAAAGAGAUCUCAUGUGCUUCGUCAAACAGCCCCGCUACAACAGGAUGCAGCGGCAAACAGCCAUCCUCUAUAAGCGGCUCACAGUACCUCCUGCCAUUAAACAGUUCACCCAGGCCCUGGACAGGCAAACAGCGACUCAGCUGCUUAAGCUCAACCACAAGUACAGGCCAGAGACAAAGCAGAAGAAGCAAAGGCUGCUGGCCCGGCUGAGGAGAAAGCUGCAGGCAAAGGGGACGUCCCAACUAAGAGACCACGUGUCCUCUGAGCAGGGGUCAAUACAGUCACCACCUUGGUGGAGAACAAGAAGGCUCAGCUGGUGGUGAUUGCCCAUGGUGUAGACGCCAUUGAACUGGUGGUUUUCCUGCCUGCCCUGUGUUGAAAGAUGGGGGUGCCCUACUGCAUCAUCAAGGGAAAGGCCAGGCUGGGGCGCCUGGACCACAGGAAGACCUGCACCCCUGUUGCCUUCACACAGGUGAACUCGGAAGACAAGGGUGCUCUGGCUAAGCUGGUGGAAGCUCUUAGGACCAAUUAUAAUGACAGAUAUGACGAAAUCCGCUGCCACUGGGGAGGCAAUGCCCUGGGUCCUAAGUCUGUGGCUCACAUUGCCAAGCUGGAAAAGACAAAGGCUAAAGAACUCGCCACUAAACCAGGUUAAAUGUACACUUACGUUUUCUGUACAUAAAUGUAAUUUACAAAAUUAAAAAAAAAAAUGUCUGUGGGAAGUUAAAGGAGAAACGAGGUCACACGUGUAAGAACUGGUGUGUGAGGGGCAGGGGUGACAGUGAAGAGGAAAAAGCAAAAUAAGGUUGAAGGCAACUUCUCAGUGAGGUCCCCACAGCGACUGAGAGUAAAGAAAGGAGAGCCGAGCCAGCAAGCACAACAUUUCCUGUGCUCUUCGGUUCGUUAAAGAGAGAUUCCUUAUCUCCGUCCAUUGUUACUCCAGUACGACAGGAUGUUUAUGGAGGCUUCACUGUCCAAGUCUUCAUGACGGAACAACCUGUGUAAAAUGUUCAAACUAGCUGGAGACAUACUACGCUGACGAUACAGGCCCUCCCCCGUGUCACAUGACACUUCCAGCAUCACUACUGUGGUGUGCUGGGGUGUUGGGUCCACAAAACAGAGUAAUCUUGUACAAGCUGUAGUACCACUGAGUCCCCAUACCGACUAUGUUGCUGUAUCGGCACUCGUGUUAAAACUCUGUCCAUGUGUCCUACAGUAGAGACUCAAAGCCUCUGAGCCCUGCGGACAGCCAGCUUACUACCAAGUUUUUAAUCAGAGAAUCUGAUGUUUGACUGGUCCUGUACAUGGAUGUGACUUACUAAAAUUGCUUGCCCGGCUAAACGUAAGUCAUCCUCCAUUGAAAAGCUAAGCUGAAGCGAGGGGAGACCUCCUACAUGCAGUGCAAUGUACUGAGCCCUCAGAGGGCGAACUUGGAGAGUUAUAGUUUCUAUCAUUGCUUUCUGUGAUUUCUUUUUUCAGCACAAUUAGUUUUUUAAAGCUGCUUUGCUUAGAGAUGAGAGAGACUCCUUUUUAUUUUGAAUUCCGAAGUUUAAAGCCCCCUGUGCUUUUGAAGCGAUUUCUGUUGCCUUGUAUUUCUAUUUAUUUAAAGGGCAAAUGCGCAAAGUUAGAGGCUCCCACAUACUUGGUAGCCGGUUUUGAUGCACUGCCAGCACUGAUUCCUAAGUAACCCCGCUUACCCUAACGCCGUGCUGUUCUGAUGCAAAUUCGAGACGCCGUAGCAUUUCAACCGCAAAUAUUUCAGUGCACGUCACUAGACAGGAAGAGCAUUUUGGACAGCUGUGAUGUAAUUAUCGCAGCUAAAGAUGGCAAUUUCUUGUUCGUAACGUCUUCAAUAUUCAUCGCUCAAAAGUUCCCGGCAACUCACAAAAGUGUCAUAAAGCUUCUGCAACUCAGGAUACAAACCAGGAUCAUUUAAGCCUCUCAGGCCUCCUCUAAAGUAUCUCCUCCAGUUUCACUGAGUGUGACGGCAUAGAACUGUCCUCUGUGAGGCGGGUCAUAGGGCCCUCUCCUUGCUGAUGACAGAAAGAUUCGAUGGCUUCUGGGGUACGCUGAAGCGUAUCACUUCCCAUCAGGUCACACAUGCACUCUCCCUCACCAACAGAAGUACUCCAAAACCUUAACGUCAUGGACCCUGAGCCUGGCCGUGAGCUGCCAGAAUGCUAGCAUGUCAAGCAUUUCAGCUGUUGGUCUCGGUUUCCGUCUUCCCUCAAGACCACCAACACCACAUUCCUAUCUUUGCUGAUGGGCUGUCAGAAGCAUUGUAUACCUCGCACCAGACCAACCCCCUACAAACCUCUGGCUCUCUUCCUCCUUUUAGUAGACAGAGCUGGACAAAGGGGUUAUCUGUUUCCCCCCAUGUCGUACACUCAGGGGGGCGUACCUAGGUACAGUGAAGGUCACUGUUCAUCUCCUCUCCAGAGAAAAGGAAAGCCUAGUGGAGUGGCUCAUUUAAAUGCUCCUUUUGCUAACUGAUUGGUUUUUCAUGAGUUGUGAUAAAGUAAUCCUGGAGGCUGGAUAAACACUGUAUAUGCUGUGUGUGUGUGUGUGUGUGUGCGCGCGCGCGCGCGCACGCUAUAUAUAUAUAAUAUAUAGUAUAUAUAAAUAAAUAUAUAUAUAUAUUUAAAUAUAUAGCAGUACCUAGUAUAAGCUGAAUGAUCCUUGCCUUUUCUUGCUGGUUGUUACUGAAUCCGUGUAUGAUGAAGGCCCUCGGCCCCGCCAUCUUCGUCAGCAGAUUAAGAAUUAGCUUGGGAAUUUGAUGUAUCUCUUUGAGGGAAAACGUAAUGUCAGGUAAAAUCAGAAAGGCUGAGAUGGUUAGCUGUGGUUUCUUUCAAAGGAGCUCUUCCCAAUAAAGUCUUCCUGGGUAAACCGAGUCAUCCUGCAGCAUCUAAGAGGAUGAAAAGCACACUGAAGCCUGUUAAAAUGGUGGGGCCACAUCACGGGGGAGGCGAGGGGAAGACAGGAAGGCUUAGCGCUGGAAUUCACCGACCUGUGCCUUUGAAGCACCCCCAAUGUGUUGACGGGGAGAAAGUGGUAUGAACUCAGAAAAUAAUCAGAAGGAGAGAUUUCAAGGGUAUGUGAGAAUAAGAAAUUUGCUCUGGGGCCCUUUCGCCUCCAACUCGGAGAAGCAGCAGCUGGUGGCAACCAUCAUUCUACGGGACCUUCAGGAUAAGCAAUGACAGCCGCGGAGGGAGACGCCAGAGCGCUCGUAGGUCUUGGUAAACAUGAACAACUAAUUAAUUUUCACAACACCCUUGUGAGUCAGGGAGCAGCGUUUUCUGAGCUUUGCAGAUGGGAAAGUGUCAGCAUGUAGAUCUAAGUGAUUUGGCCCCUCUCGCAGUGAGGCCAGGCAGGGCUGGGAAUAAGUCGUUUCACUGGAAAGGCUUAGAGGUUGAAUUCAACUUCCAUAUUCUCUCUCUCACUUCUUCCCUUUAAUGAAAAUGCUUCUUCUCCCUGUGAAAUAAUACUGGAUGGUGCAUUUGCCUAUGAGGGCGUGACUACCAGAUAUCGUCGCUAUUCCUAAGAAUAUAAAACCAUUGCAUUUCAAAGGGGGAGUUCAGAAAUUGUCAUAUCUGACCUCCUUAUUGUGUCGAAACACUCACUUGCUCACCAUGAACAUAGAGCUCGCUGGUGCCAGAGUACAAAUUAGAGCACUCGCUUAUCUUUAGACCCAUUGGCCAACUCCAGUUUUAGUACAGUCUUCACAUGGUCUCCUACUGAUUCCUUUUCUGUGGAACUCCAGAGAGAGGCAUAGACUGAAAGGGGGCCGGGUUGGAAGUCUCCACAAAAGCUGUCACCUCCAGCAAUUCAUCUGGCUCUCAAAUCUCCUGUUCAGUCUUUCUGUUCAGAGGCUGCCCAGACUGUGACUGAACAAAACCAGUCAUCAAAAAGCCACCACCUGCUAGGCAACCCGUGCCACCUCUCCAGCCUCCUCCAGCAACCAUCAAACUACUGUCCCUGCCCUGCUGACCCUAGUUUCCCCCUCGGCCACCUGCAAGGUGUCUUUUAUUUGCUUUUUCUGGGAAUCUCUUUUGCUGUCGACUUAAUAUUCUCUCAGUAGAUGUUUAUGAAAUCCCAUUUAUAAGGGCCACAGACAGUGAAAUGAUGAACAGAGAAAAUAAUUAACAAAAGAAACUGCUUUAAAAAUGGACACUUUAUAAGGUGACAAGGGCUUUGGUAAACACGUGUGAUAUUGGGGACAGGAAAAGUUGAUUACUUGUUAUUAUAGAUAAGCACCGAGGACACAAAACAAUAUUCCUGGCCUUUCAGAAAAUUUGUGAUUAAAAAAUCAGGAGACAGAAUAAACUAUAUGCAGGCUGACUAUGUAUCAGAAUAGAUGGUUAUGAGCUAUGAGAGUGUGGUGCUCCACUGGGUGACAAAAUGUUGCUGUGUAGAAACAGAAUAGUAAUAAAUUCGGUCAUUAAUAAGAGCAGAGGUACUGAGAUAUACAGCCCUAGUGGGGGGCGGGCAUCGAUACAACAUGGGCUCCCUGCGGAAACAGUGGCCCCUGAAUAUCAGUUCCCUGUCCCUGUAGAGCCCCAUGCAGAGUUGAGCCAAAAGGGAUCUGCACCACAUGCUGCCUUAUGACUUAACAUGCCAGGAAGGAACCGUGUCCCCCUGAAACAUCACACAUACAUGCUAAACUGCGUUAGACACCACAUAAGAGCAGAUUGCUGUGGGUCCGAAUAGUAUGACACAAAUGCCAUUUUUAAAAGGGUUAGAGAGUCGCCGGGAUGGACCCACAUGUUUCUCAUGAUCCAGCGCCACAAGACCACCAUCUUUACGUAUACCAAGGAGUUGACUACCGUGUUCGAACUGAAGCGCAUCAUGGAGGGCAUCCGCAAGCCGCCGCCAGAGGAGCAGCGGCUGUACAAGCUCCUCAAUGAUGGAAAAACUCUGGGCAAAUGUGGCUUCACCAGUCAGACAGCAGGGCCACAGGCCCCAGCCACAGUGGGCCUGGCCUUCCGAGCAGAUGACACCUUCGAAGCGCUGUGCAUCGAGCCCUUCUCCAGCCCUCCGGAGCUUCCAGAUGUGAUGAAGCCACGGGAUUCUGGAGGCAGCGCCAGUGCACAAGCUGUGCAGCGAGGGUCCCAGGCCUACCCGCUAGGGACCCAGUCCCCCAAUAAAAAAAGAUUUGGGGGGUUGGGGAUUUAACUCAGCGGUAGAGCGCUUGCCUAGCAAGCGCAAGGCCCCGGGUUCGGUCCCCUGCUCCGGAAAAAAGAAAAAGAUUUGGCUGUCUAAAAAAAGGGGGCGUGGUUAGAAAGAAAAUGUCUCUUUGAGGACCGCCGUUCCCUGUGAGACCGUAAAGGACACGCAGAGAUAGAACGAGUAGAGAGAGUGCGCGCUCCUGGAGGGGAAAACACAAAUUCAGAAAGGUAGGGACGAGUCCAGUGUGCUCUGGAACUGUGCUUAAGAAGGGAGGCCAAAAGACAGGCUUGGUGUUUAAACUCAAUGCAGCAGGAAAUGAAAGAUCCAAGGCAAGGAGACGCCUCUGCUGAGCAUGCGGGAGCUGGAGAGCAAGGACUGUGAGAAGUCAGCUUAUGCCAAGAUGCUCAGGACACACACUGGACUGGGCUGUUUCCCAGAAUGAAACUCUUAAGUUCUAGGCUGUUCUCUUUGGAUUAUUGACCACAUUUUAUGUUCGUACCUUCAGUUAGGAAACGUAAGGCUGUUUCUGUUGUUUCACCUUUUCCCCUUCCUGAAACUCAUAUUUCCCUGAUCAAAAUAUUAAACCCUUUAGCAUAAAGUAUGCCUGGCUCAGUAAAUACAAUUCAUUCCUCUGUCAGUUCUGAAGGCUUGCACGAGACCCCGGUAUUGUUUGGUUUUUACUGCCAUCUAGUGGCUCUGAACAUGUUUGUUGUUUGCCAAACAAGAUGCUCUCCAAACUGCGAAGGAGAGCGGCGUUGCUGCUUCUGGAAUGGAGAACUUCUGGGUUACAUGGAUUUAUUCCGUAAAAAUAAGCCCAUCUUUAUUUCUCACCCCCCCCUCUCUUCUCCAUAUGUAAUUAUCUAGGGUUUCACUGACCUCUGUUUUAUGGAGGUCUGUAAACUUCCAUUAGGAAAACUGCUCCUGGAUGCUGAGUCGAGGUGGAUGCCCUUAAGAGCAAGGGAAGAGCAUGAAACUCAGCCCACAUUCUGUCCUAAGUUAGAGGCAGAAGGGUUACAGCCGCUCGAGGGCAGACAUCCUUCUCCGAGUUUACAGCCAUAACAUCUCCUUACGAUGGCUUCCACGCAAAACUCAGACCCUUAUUGUUCCCCAAGGCUCCUUAGCCUGUGAUGUCAUCUUCUUUUACAAGACCCGGCAAGAUCCCAGGGGCGAAAUGCAUGCCGAAUCUAUUUGUCUGGCUUAUAGUGUUAACUAGAGGUUUGCGUGGGCUAUGGCAGUAAUGAAUGUGCUUUUGAAAACAGGACUGGGAGUGUGCACCUUUGUGCUGCCCUCCUCGAGCUUUCUAGAAUACAUUUUCUUCCUGUCGAGUUCUUCAUUGUAAAUCUCUUCU